AUGGCGACCCAAGCCCCCUCCUCCUUCUACGAGCAAUUGCCUCUGCCAACCCUCGACCGUCCCUUUGGCAUCCACCUAUGGCCUUUGCUCGACAAGGUCUGGACCCCCAUCGUCGGCUACCCGGUGAGCGAGUUCAGGUUCGUGCCUGGCGUCACGCCCAUGUCCACGAUCAAGCAGGCCGGCAUCUUCGUCAUCAUCUACUACACCAUCAUCUUUGGCGGUCGCGAGUGGAUGCGCAACCGUGAGCCCUACAAGCUCAAGGGUCUCUUCCUCGCCCACAACCUGUUCCUCACCCUCAUCAGCGCCGGUCUUCUCGCCCUCUACAUUGAGGAGCUCCUGCCGACCGUUGUGCGCGGAGGCAUCUUCCAUGCCAUCUGUGACGCCGAGGGCGGUUGGACCCAGCCCCUCGUUGUCCUCUAUUACAUGACCUACUUGACCAAAUACCUCGAGUUGCUGGACACCGUGUUCCUCUUCCUCAAGAAGAAGCCCCUGACGUUUCUCCACUGCUACCACCACGGCGCGACUGCUCUCCUCUGCUACACCCAGCUGAUUGGCUCUACUGCCGUCUCGUGGGUUCCCAUCACCCUCAACCUCGGCGUCCACGUCGUCAUGUACUGGUACUACUUCCAGAGCGCGCGCGGCGUCCGCAUCUGGUGGAAGGAGUGGGUCACUCGUUUCCAGAUCAUCCAGUUCAUCAUCGAUCUCGGCUUCGUUUACUUCGCCUCCUACACCUAUUUCACCUCGACCUAUUUCCCCUGGAUGCCCAAUGCCGGCAAGUGUGCCGGUGAGGAGUUUGCUGCUUUUGCUGGUAUCGGCAUCCUCAGCUCCUACCUUGUCCUCUUCAUCUCCUUCUACCUUGCGACCUACAAGAAGGGCGGCAAGUCGCAGACCCGCAAGUCUCUCCGCCGCAUGAGCCAAGCUCCCCUUCCCGAUCCCCACAACGUUGCCUCGGCCGUCGCUGCCCACUCCAACGGCAACGCCAAGGCCAGCGGAGUCAAGGCCAACGGCUCUGCGCCCCGAUCUCGCAAGGCGUAA